GAUAUUGUAACAUUUCACAAAUUUAGAAAGUUUUUAAAAAAUUAAACUUUUCGCUUCGUAGAUUUAUAUUAUCGAGUAAAUAAUUAAACAUUUUAAUGAUAGCCCAAUAAAUCUAAUGUAUCAUCUAUUGUUUAAAUCCAGUUAUUGAUAGUCCAAUAAUAUUUUUUGGUAGGCCAAAAUUUAAAUGAUAAGAUUAGAGAUUAAAUGUAACAUGAUUUUUUAGGAAUAAGUCCAUUAGGUCCAUUUUUUAAAAAAUCACACAUGAAUCAAGAUUGUGACUUCUGUUUUAAUAUAUAAGAUUUGGGGUUUUCCAUUUUUCUCUGAUAGCAAUCAAUAUAAAAAAACUUUGCUGUAUAUGCUUUUAUUUUCUUAGUAGUAUUCAAUUCAAUUGUUUUUUUUUUCUCGAAGAAUCUGCUCGCAGCUUCCGUUUCAUAACCAAAAAAGAUCUUUGAAAUUGUGAAUUAGGGUUUUUGGGAGAAUCUGUCUCUUCGUCAGCUGAAAAGGUUUCCAACAAAGAUAUGGCUUCCUCCGGUGAAGUAACUGAGCCGGAAUGGAUCAAAAGAGUUAAAUCAGAAGGAGCUGUCCCGUGUCUUAAACCAGACAGCAGGGACUCCAAAAACAGUUGGACAACGCCAUCUCCCAACACAUUCAUGGUUAGAGGACCACAUUAUUUCUCCGACAAGGUCAAAGUACCUGCUGGUGAGUUCCUCCUAAAGCCUCUGGGCUUUGACUGGGUUAAAGGUCCCACGAAGCUCUCUGAGAUCCUAAGCUACCCAAGCAGCCGAAUCAGGAAAGCUAUCGAUGAGGAGUUUCAGACGGAGGAUGAUGCUGCCAAGCCUUUUGUUUGGGCGUUCAAUCUCCAGCUUCCUCACAAAGACAACUACAGCGCUGUGGCUUACUUUGUCGCCACUGAGCCUAUGCUCCAAGGCUCACUCAUGGAUCAGUUUUUAAAAGGAGACGACGGGUUUAAGAAAUCGAGGCUUAAACUGAUUGCAAACAUUGUCAAAGGGCCUUGGAUCGUUAGAAAAGCUGUUGGAGAGCAAGCUAUAUGCGUCAUUGGACGUGCGCUCUCUUGCAAAUACGUUUCGGGAGAGAGUUUCGUGGAGAUUGAUGUGGAUAUCGGGUCUUCGAUGGUCGCUAGCGCCAUUGUUCACCUCGCGUUUGGGUACAUUACGACGCUGACUGUUGAUCUUGCUUUCCUUAUUGAAAGCCAGACGGACGCAGAGCUUCCUGAAAAGCUAUUGGGAGCUGUGAGAUUCUCCGAGCUACAGACUGACUCGGCCGUGUCUAUGGAACUGUCUUCGAGCAAUAGUAAUCAACGGUCGAGCUGGUGGAAAUCGCUUGGGAAUGGAUUCUCUAAUCUGCUUAAUCAAGAUACACCGAACACUAACUAUACAUCAUCUCCUGGGAACAACCAGAAGGAUGAAGAUGUAAAGAGGCAGUAGUUGACUCUAUAAUUCUUUAAAAUUUCUUUGAUUUCAUUAUAAAACCUUAAUCAUUUCUUAUAACAUUGCAAAUGUAUAGAUUGUUUUUUUUACUAAUGUAUGGAUCGAUAUCCAACAACAAUAACUUAACUCAUGUGACCAAGCAUGUGAGAAGAACAUAUCAAGAAGAAUGUCAUAUACCA